UUCACAUUAACAGCUAACCUCAAACUCUUCUCCAAUCCAACCACUUCCUUAAUUAGCUAGGAUGGAAGAGAGUCUUCCUCCGGGAUUUAGGUUCCAUCCAACUGAUGAAGAACUUAUCACUUUUUAUCUCAGUCAAAAGAUUACUGAUUCAAGUUUCACUUCCAAAGCAGUUGCUGAGGUUGAUCUCAAUAAAUGCGAACCUUGGGACCUCCCAGCCAAAGCUUCUAUGGGAGAAAAGGAAUGGUAUUUCUUCAGCAUGAGAGAUCGAAAAUACCCAACAGGACUACGAACAAACCGUGCAACUGUGGCGGGUUAUUGGAAGACAACAGGAAAGGACAAAGAAAUCUUUCGUGGUGGAAUCUUGGUUGGAAUGAAGAAAACCCUAGUUUUUUACAUGGGUAGAGCUCCUAAAGGUGAAAAAACCAACUGGGUGAUGCAUGAGUAUAGACUUGAAACUACACAUGCUUAUAAACCUAAUAAGGAGGAAUGGGUAGUUUGCAGAAUUUUCCAAAAAAGCACGACAUCUAAAAAACCAAUGGGCACCACAUCUUCGCCUCAGUCGAUGGAUUCACCUUGUGAUACCAACACGAUGGCAAAUGACUAUGGUGAUAUCGAGCUGCCAAACUUAAAUGACAUUGCAAAUUUAAGUGGUAACAUUUCACUUCGUAAUUACGGCAUGGAAACCAACCUCAACACGAAUAUGAACCAGAAUAUUAGUUUGGUACACGGUCUUCCAUUAUGGCCAUCUAGCAUACUAAGUUCAAACCUUUCAAUGAAUGCGUUACUUCUUAAAGCAUUGCAACUUAGAAGUUACCAACAAAGAGAAGCUGCCAAUUUUGAUUAUCAAUUCAUGCCACAAGCGAAUUCCAACUUUUUAGAUGGGGCAAGUCCAAGCUUACAAGCAUCUUCCACUAGAAAUUGUGAAUCUUUGCAGCAUCAGGAACAACAGGAGCAACCAUUCAACUUGGACUCCAUGUGGUUGCAUUUUUGGAUCAUAUGA